AUGGGACUGAAAGAAGACAAGCAGCAUCAGUUUGAAAAACCUCAUCAUUUUAAAAAGGAAGAUGAAAAUGCAGUCAUUUCACAGACUGAACAGAAUUUCACACAAACACAAGCUGGAAAAACUGGAGCCAGAGGAUCUUUCACAUGCACUCAGUGUGGGAAGAGUUUCUGUGAGAAAUCAAAGUUUAAUAGACACAUGACAGUUCACACUGGAGAGAAGCCUUAUACGUGCACUCAGUGUGGAAAGGGUUUCAGUCAGAAAACAAACCGUAACAGACACAUGAGAUCUCACACUGGAGAGAAGCCUUAUACUUGCACUCAGUCUGGAAUGGGUUUCUUUGUCAAAGAAGAACCAAAUGUGCACAUGAGAAUUCAACAAACAGAUUCAAUGGGACUGAAGGAAGACCAGCAGCAUCAGUUUGAAAUACCUCAUCAUUUUAAAAUUGAAGAUGGAAAUGCAGUCAUUUCACAGACUGAACAGAAUUUUACACAAACACAAGCUGGAAAAACUGGAUCUUUCACAUGCACUCAGUGUGGGAAGAGUUUCAGUGAGAAAUCAAAGUUUAAUAGACACAUGACAGUUCACACUGGAGAGAAGCCUUAUACGUGCACUCAGUGUGGAAAGGGUUUCAGUCAGAAAACAAACCGUAACAGACACAUGACAGUUCACACUGGAGAGAAGCCUUAUACAUGCACUCAGUGUGAAAAGGGUUUUUUUGACAAAGAAGAACUAAAUGUGCACAUGAGAUCUCACACUGGAGAGAAGCCUUAUACUUGCACUCAGUCUGGAAUGGGUUCCUUUGUCAAAGAAGAACCAAAUGUGCACAUGAGAAUUCAACAAACAGAUUCAAUGGGACUGAAGGAAGACAAGCAUCAGUUUGAAAAACCUCAUCAUUUAAAAAAUGAAGAU